AUGAAUUCAAGAAAUGGAUCUAGAGAAAGAUAAACAAAAGAAGAUGGUAAAUCCUUAUUUUGGGAACAUUCCAAAAAUUUACCACCCUUUUUUGCUGAGAAUAUAUUAUUUUUAGAAAUGGAAGUUGAAUGCAAUAAUGUUACUAUUGAAGUUGUGAAUCAAUUAUUAGAAUUAUAUCGUGUAAUUUAACAUAAUAUAAAGUAGAUUGGUGUAGAAUACUUUGAAUAAAUUAAAAGCAAUAAGUUUUUGAUUUUUAAGAAUAAGACAUAGUAAUUAUUAAUGAAAGGAACAGUUAAUUAAUGCAUGAAUAUUGCUUAUGAAGAAUUGAAACAUGAAACAGCACUUAAGAAAACAUCACAUCAUGAAAAUUAAGACAAAAUUCCUCCAUUACCUCCAUCUUCAAAAUUAGUAAUUUCAUAGAAAUCUUAGAAAUAAUAAGAAGUAGAAAAUCAACUCAAAUAUAUCAAAGAAUAAGAUUAAAAAUUGUAAGUUAAUCAAUUGUUAGAAUAUCAUGGUUAUGAGUCUUAACGUGUUACAAGAAUACAUAAUUAGUAAUCUAUUUUUAUUAUCAUAGAGCUUUAUAAGAAUAAGAAGAUUAAGUGUAACAACGCUUAUAAAGAAGAAGAAUGAGAUCUGUAAAGCUAAAAGGAUAAAUAGAAUGA